CGCCCGCCUCAGCCGCCGCCGCCGCCGCUGCCGCCGCCGCCUCCGCCCGCCGCGAGGACCGAGGGAGCGGGGUUGCAGCCGCCUGCCCGCCCGCGUGCCCGGGCUGCGGUGGGCCAGGAUGUCGGGCUUCCUGGAGGAGCUGCUCGGCGAGAAGCUGGUGACGGGCGGCGGCGAGGAGGUGGACGUGCACUCGCUGGGCUCCCGCGGCAUCUCGCUGCUCGGGCUCUACUUCGGCUGCAGCCUGAGCGCCCCCUGCGCGCAGCUCAGCGGCAGUCUGGCCGCCUUCUACGGCCGCCUGAGGGGGGACGCCGCGGCCGGGCCGGGGGCCGGGGCCGGGCCGGGGCCGGGGGCCGGGGCGGCCGCGGAGCCCGAGCCGCUGCGCCGCCUGGAGAUCGUCUUCGUGUCCUCGGACCAAGACCAGCGGCAGUGGCAGGACUUCGUGCGGGACAUGCCGUGGCUGGCGCUGCCCUACAAGGAGAAGCACAGGAAGCUUAAACUUUGGAACAAAUACCGAAUAUCCAACAUUCCAUCACUAAUAUUCCUAGACGCCACCACCGGGAAGGUCGUGUGCAGGAAUGGGCUGCUGGUGAUCCGUGAUGACCCAGAAGGUUUGGAAUUCCCUUGGGGACCUAAGCCCUUCAGGGAAGUCAUUGCGGGGCCCUUGCUUAGAAAUAACGGACAGUCCCUGGAAAGCAGCAGCCUGGAGGGGUCUCACGUGGGAGUCUAUUUCUCCGCACACUGGUGUCCACCCUGCCGAAGCCUCACCCGGGUCCUGGUGGAAUCCUACCGGAAGAUCAAGGAGGCAGGCCAGAAAUUUGAGAUCAUCUUUGUUAGUGCGGACAGGUCAGAGGACUCAUUCAAACAGUACUUCAGUGAGAUGCCCUGGCUCGCUGUCCCCUACACCGAUGAGGCCCGGCGGUCACGCCUCAACCGGCUGUAUGGAAUCCAAGGCAUCCCCACCCUCAUUGUGCUGGACCCACAGGGGGAAGUGAUCACGCGGCAGGGGCGCGUGGAGGUGCUGAACGAUGAGGACUGCAGGGAGUUCCCGUGGCACCCCAAACCCGUGCUGGAGCUCUCCGACUCCAAUGCCGUGCAACUCAACGAGGGCCCCUGCCUCGUCCUUUUUGUAGAUUCUGAGGAUGAUGGGGAGUCCGAGGCAGCCAAGCAACUGAUCCAGCCAAUAGCCGAGAAGAUCAUUGCCAAGUACAAAGCCAAAGAGGAGGAGGCACCACUUUUGUUCUUUGUCGCGGGGGAGGAUGACAUGACUGACUCCCUGCGAGACUACACCAACCUGCCCGAGGCGGCCCCUUUGCUCACCAUUCUGGACAUGUCAGCCCGGGCCAAGUACGUGAUGGACGUGGAGGAGAUCACCCCUGCCAUUGUGGAGGCCUUUGUGAAUGACUUCCUAGCAGAAAAGCUCAAACCAGAGCCCAUCUAGUGGGGCUCCGGCCUCAGGAGACGUUAUUUAAAACUCGGUCUUCUCCUCUUCCUCCUCCCCUUUCUUCCCUCCACCCUUGGACUUUUCCGGCGUGUCCUGAAUCACACAACCCAAGUGUCCAACCUCUCUGUGGUGCCUUGUUUUCUGCAUUAACUCCUCAGCUAGCACCCUAAGGUGCACAUCCUCUCAGCAGCAGAAGAACCCACCAUGUUUGGAGACUCGGCCUGGGAUUCACGGGGCUGGCAUAACCCGGCCAGAGCCAGGACUGCAUCACACUCUCAGUCACUAGCUCUGGGAGCAGUGUUUGCCAGGCAUUCUUCUGCCGAGCGAGCGUGAAGGGACAGUGCGCUGGUGCUCUGGCUCGGCCUCUGGUGUCAGCAUGCACACGCAGGGCCCAGGACAGCUCAGUGACACACGUACAUGCAGGUGGAGCAGGGAAAGGGCCGCAGCCUUGCUCGCCUCAGGUUAGAGCUGCUGGUGAGAACAUCCCUUCCUAAGUGACUUCGUCUAGUGACUCUCCCUCUUGGUGUGAGGGAAAAACACCAGCUUGGCAGUCGGUUCUUGGGCCGGGGAUUUCAUGAUCUCAAAGGAAGCUUGUGUUCUUUUCUGGUGAGAAAGAGUAGCUAUGGUAAAGAUUCAUGUAGUAAUUGCUUACUCUGAGCUCCUACCAUGUGAUUUUUUCUUACAUCUUUUUUCCUUGAUCUUACCUUCUCCAAGUUUCUGCCUUCUUGUACAAACAGCCUCUGCUGUCUUGGAAUGUUGUUAAUUCUUCCCCUCGGACAUCUUCCCGAGAAGAGGCACCCAGCCCUGUGUUCUUGGAGGUGCCCCACCUCACCCAGCACAGACCUCUGACACUCGGCCCACUCUGCCGCGGUGCCUGUGACCACCUUUGGUUACCUCUGUCAUCCCUCUUUUCUUUUCAAAGCAGAACUAAAAAGAGACAAGAAAUUACCAGAAGCCUCGCUUUCUCCCUAAGAACCUGCAGAAAGAGCUGUAUCCUAGGGUGGCAGUGUGAGCAGAGGGCAUGUCAACUAAAAGUACGCUUUGGAUCCACUUUGCUGAGCAAGCUCAGGUAGCUUGGGUCCCAGGAAACAAAAGUAACAACUGCUGUGUCCUUGGGACUUGGGGUGGGGGCUUUACCUAGGGAGUCACAGGAUUUGGGCCUAUCUCAACCAGGUGUUAGGGUCUUCCACCUGAUGGCAGGCCUCACCCUCGUCUCCGCUGACAGCAUUCUGUCAGCCAAGACCACUGAUUUAGAAAACCCAGCCCCCGGUCAGCUAUUGACACCAUUGCCCCUUGCUGAAUUGGACUGUUGCUUUGUAGUUCAGAGGUACAAGGUUAGCUGGUAAUUAGACAGUUACUUGAUGUCACAGCCUGAAAUCCAAUCACCUAGUAAGAAAUAAAGCAGGCAUCUCUGGACAUUAUCGA